GGGACAGCUGUCAUUCUGCAAGUUCGCGAUAGUUACACGAAACUUUCUGCUUCCCUCGCAGCCAGCUUUCACUACAUAUUUUCAUCAGGCCUUGCCUAUCUUCAGCGCCGCUCUUCUUGCCGACACGGAUACUCCGUACCUGGGCGUCGAUAGCUCCAGUACUCAUAAUCGACACCUUGAAGAAUCUCGUGCCGCCGUUAAUUCGUGAUCGCGACUGCUUUCACACGUCUUCCUUUCCAAGAACUUCUAGCAUACCUGCAGCCUAACCCCUACACGCGCAUAUCAACAUGGGUCCAACAGACCGUCUCAAGCAGCUUGCAUCCCAAUUCAUAUCAGCCAAUACUGUACCUGGUCCUCCUCAAAUCCACCCCGGUGACAGCCAUGAGUACCAUCACCGCCAUAACUUCCACACCUUGAGUCCAACAUCCUUCCUCUGGCGUGCUGCACAGAUUGAACCUCAUGCGACAGCCAUAUACCACAAGACCGCCAAUGGCAAGAUCCUGCGACGGUCAUACGAAGAGACUGCAGACCGUGCGCGAGGACUGGCAUACUACUUGCGCAAGCAUCAUUACAAAAGAGUGGGAAUCUUGGCGACAAAUACACCAGCAUUCCUCGAGGCUAUCUUCGGUAUCGCAGCUGCUGGAUCAAUCAGUGUUGCGAUCAACUAUCGUCUGAAACCUGACGAUAUCAGCUAUAUCUUUCAACAUGCAGAUGUAGAUAUCAUCAUCGCCGAUUUCGAGUUCGUCAAGAUACUCAAUGACUACAAGAAAGAGAGACCGAAUGUACCGAUCCUGGUCGAUACAGAUACGGACGCAACGGAAGGCGAGCUAUCAGGACCGUUCGAUGAUGCCGUUUUGGAAGGACUGAAGUACGAUACUGAAACUGGAAGCAAAGGCUGGGCAGAGCUCGCAGCACAAGCGCCAGAUGAAGAGGAGGUCUUUGCUCUGGCGUACACAUCCGGCACAACCGCACGCCCGAAGGGAGUUGAGUACACACACCGAGGUGUCUAUCUUGCAUCACUGGGCAACGUGAUCGAGUCCGGACUCAACUACCACACUGGCCGCGCAAAGUAUUUGUGGACUCUCCCAAUGUUCCACGCAACAGGCUGGACGUUCCCUUGGAGCGUGACCGCAGUACGAGGAACGCACUACUGCCUCCGCAAGAUCGACUACCCCGAGAUCUGGCGCUUGCUUAAGGAAGAAGGCGUCACGCACUUCAAUGCUGCACCCACCGUCAAUACUCUGCUUUGCGCAGCGAAGGAGGCCGAAAAGCUACCCCAAGAAGUCCGUGUCACCGUCGCUGCAAGCCCGCCUUCAGCAUGGCUCUUUGAACAGAUGACUAAGUUGAACCUGCAUCCAGUUCACGUCUACGGUCUGACCGAGACAUAUGGUCCCAUCACCAAAGGUUACCACAUGCCCGAAUGGGAGAACAUACCUGAGAAGGAAAAGUACGCAAAGAUGGCUCGACAAGGUCACGGCUUCGUCACUGGACUACCUGCUCGAGUCAUCAAGACGGAGCAAGAGGAAGGCGUGCUCAUCAACGUCGAAAAGAACGGCCAAGAAAUCGGCGAAAUCGUGUUUGAAGGCAAUAUCUGCGCAAAGGGGUACUACAAAGACGCCGAAGCCACGCGGAAGUUGUGGGCGGGCGGUGUUAGCCAUACAGGUGAUUUGGCGGUUUGGCAUCCAGACGGUGCAAUCCAGAUCCUCGAUCGCGCGAAGGACAUCAUCAUCUCAGGCGGCGAAAACAUAUCGUCCGUCGCACUCGAAAGCAUGCUCGCGACGCACCCGUCCGUUCUCGAAGUCGGCGUGUGCGGCGUGGCAGAUUCGCACUGGGGCGAGCGCCCAAAGGCUUUCGUCACGGCCAAAGACGGCACGAACAGCGAGACACUGGGCGAGGAGAUGAUCAAGUGGGCCAAGGAGCAGAGUAAUAUCAGCAGGUUCAUGGUGCCGAGGGAGGUUGUGGUGGUCAAGGAAUUGCCGAAGACGAGCACGGGGAAGAUUAAGAAGAAUGUGCUUAGAGAGUGGGCGAAGGGGAAUACGGAAGCGAAGUAGAUGGGAUGAGGAGGUGGGAUAUUGUGUGUUUCAGUGAAGAUGUCGUUUAAGUAAGUGAAUGUAUUGGCGCGAUGAACAAAAUUGUAUGGCUUGAGAGCGUAGGUACAAGCGCUUGCAGGAACGUGGUUUUGUUGAAAAGAAAGACAGAAUC